AAAACAUACAGUGACACUUAAAUUUGACAAAAUCAGUGUGUUUCGUCCUUAACUGAAAGAGAAACAAUAGAAAAGUUGUCAAACCGGCUUUGAGAAGAUGGGUCAAAAAGGCAAGCUGCUGUUCUUUUCAGCACGCACGCACACACACACACACACACACACACACUCUCUUUCUCUCUCUCGCUCUCUCUCUCUCUCUCUUUCUUUCUUACACACACACUCUCUCGCUCACUCUCUCUCUCUCUCUCUCUCACACACACACACACACACACACACACACACACACACACACACACACACAGAAGUGACUCUAGGUGUUCUCCUCCUCUUUCAAGCAUUCCUAAUUGGCCACAUGCUGAGUAAUGUGACCAAUGAGCUGCAGUUGAAUGUGUGUUAGAAGGCUCAAAAGUUCUUCAGUGCAUCUGACUCUUUUGGUGUCUCAUAUACAGAAGGCUGGAUAUCCAAGGCUCCUUAUACUCUAGAACCCUCUGCAACAUCUUCAGAAGGUCUCAAGCCACGUCAAAGCACUGAAGAAUCCACAAUAAACCUCAAGCAGCAUCACUUGGUGCCAAUUUGUCGCCAGUUCCCAUCACCAUGACAAGCACUACCAGUGACGAAAAAGCCACCUCUUGCCCCCUGAUGGCCAAAUCUUCUCGCCAGCGACUGGUCAGCAAGGAUGGGCGAAGCCUGAUGCGAACCAAUGCAGGGCACAGAGAGACGUGUUUGGGUGCCCUGCGGGAUAUGUGGGGGACCUGGCUGGCACUGCGGUGGCGAUGGGUGGUGCUGGCAUUCUGCAGCUCCUUCCUGCUUCACUGGCUGGUGUUUGCAGUGCUCUGGUACCUGCUCGCCCGUCUCAAUGGGGACCUGGAUGUGCCUGACCAUGACAACCCACCACCCGGCCACAUACUGUGUGUUAAACAUGUCAAUGGCUUCACCGCCGCAUUUUCUUUUGCCCUCGAGACACAGCUGACCAUCGGGUACGGCACCAUGUACCCCGUCGCUGACUGUCCAUUAGCCAUUGCAUUGCUUGCCCUGCAGAUGCUGCUGGGCCUGAUGCUGGAAGCCUUCAUCACUGGUGCAUUUGUAGCUAAGUUCUCUCGACCUCAAAAGCGCUGUGGUGGGAUCCUGUUCAGUCCCCAGGCCUUAGUGUGCGAGGUCAAAGGUCAACGCUGCUUGAUGUUCCGCGUGUGUAACCUGCUUCCGAGGCCACUGGUAGAUGUGUGUGUGAGUGCUGUUCUCUACGAAGAACGUGACCAUCACAUACACCAAACCGCAAUGGAUUUCACAGUGGAUGACCUGGGGUCACGUCCUUGCCCAAUUUUCCUGUCACCUCUGACCUUUUAUCACCCCCUAACUCCAUCAAGUCCCUUAAACAGCGCCUUUCCUCCAGCCAGCCAAUCACACUUCGAGUUAGUGGUGUUCCUCUCCGCCUCUCAGGAGAGCACAGGCUCCGCCUACCAUAAGAGGACAUCAUAUCUGCCAGAAGAGAUCCAAUAUGGGAGCUGCUUUACCAAGGCGACUACUCUGCACAGAAAAGGGCGAAGCAAAACCGAAAGUAUGCUCUAUUUUGAAACACUGCCCUGCCCACUCCCAAACACACACUCCAUUGACGCAAUAGAGAAAGACAAUGUGGUGGUCCAAAUAAAUGGGGAGGGCAGUGAUCAAGUCGAGUAGCACUGGUUGUAUAUGGAUGGUUAAGUAAAUCUUGACUAGAAAUAUUCUCAGUUCAUAAAAUGGGCAUUUCAUUUCACACUAACAACCUCCAGCCUCAUAUCCCAAAAGACAACCUCAGAUAGCUAUAAUCUGACACAGAAACUUAGUCAGAUAUAAAUCCAGUCCAUCACAACCACUUUGCUGCUACGGACAUAAUGGUCUACACUUGCAUCUUCUUCAACUGCUCAAAAUACCGUAACAUACGGUAGCAACACAAAUUAAUGACAAUCGUUUGAGAUGAUAGAAGUUGAUUUUCAUCCAACAUUUUCACGAGAAACUCCAAUUUUCACAAGUUUCAAACCAUCUUCACGCUAAAUCUACUGAACAGUGACACCACAACGCCUGAGACAGGUCAUCACGUUUGAGCCCUUUUUAUUCGGACACUGCAAGGCCCUUCUCAGUUCAAGGCUACAGGACAUUGUUGGCGCCCUCUGCCAACUUUGCUAACAUUACAUGUCUGCAUCUGUGAAUCAGUGAGUGCGUUUGAGUUAUUAUAGCUCUAUACAGACUGGUUGCCUCCUUGUCCAUGAAGUAUUUCUUUAUCAAAAUGUACAAAAUAUUAAAGGGACAGUUCACCCAAAUAUUUAAAUUCUGUUAUCACUUAAACCUCAUGUCAUUUUAAAUCUGUAUGUUUUGAGAGUUUUUUCUCUCUUACAUAGAACACAAAAGCAGAUAUUUUGCAGAAUGUCUAGGCUGCUCUUUUUCAGACAACUGAAGUCAAUGGUCAUUCAUUAUUAUUCAUAAUUUCAUACGUUUUAAGUGAACUACCCCUUGAAAGUGUUUUAACACCUUAAAUAAGUGCCUAAUAACAAUUCUUUGACAAGCUUGAAAAGGCUUUUGGGAAGAGAAGUCACAUACUGGAUUAAACAGAGGCAAACAGGCAGAUGAACAAUUAUGUAAAUAAAUAAUGUAUAUUAGAUCAUUUACUAGAUUAUUUGGGGGAAAAGAAAAAUCUCAAUAUUACCAGUGCAAUCUGAUUUAUGAAAAAAUAGAGAAUCAGCACUGUUUGAUUGGUGGCAUAACACUGUAUGAUUUUUAUUUUAGAUGAUUAUAUAGCUAUAUAGCACAUGUAGCACAUUAAUGUACUGUCCAUAAUGUCAAUCAGGAAAGGCUGAUUGUUUUCACUUUAUUAUUAUAUGUAUAAACAUGCAGUAUAUGAUUUAAAACAAACAUCUGGAAGAUAAUUCUCUGCAGACAGGCAAUUUACUAUAUUAAUAUAUUAAUUUCCAUCAAACUGCAUUGAGUGGCCUUUUGAAAUACCUUUAUUUUAGAACUGGA